AUGCCGAUUCCGUUCGAGGCUUUAAUCCCAUUCGGGUUUGUUACUGCCAUGUUUGGCGUAACUGGUACUCUGCUGCACGCUGUAAAGACCUAUAAAAACGACGGAAAGAAUCCAAGAUAUGGUCUCACUCAAUGGGAUAGACAAAUGAUGGAACGCGAUAAACGUUUAACAGGCUCUUUUCGUGGGCAAACUUCGAAUCCCGUUGCGCCUCCAGAAUUUGCUUACAAUAGUUCUUUGUAUCAAUCAUUACAACCACGAUGA